UACUGAAUACACAGAUUCUACUAUAUACAAAUAUAGCUGUUAAACCCUACUAUAUUAAUGGCUUCGCGUAUCAGCUUAUUCCUUUGUGGGUACCUUUUGUUGAUUCUUGCUUCAACAGUUUCUGCAGCACUUUCUCCUUUUUACUAUGACAGACUCUGUCCUAAAGCUUUACCAACUAUCAAACGAGUUGUUGAGGCUGCUGUGUAUAGGGAACGAAGAAUGGGUGCUUCUUUAUUGCGUCUUCACUUCCAUGAUUGCUUUGUUCACGGUUGUGAUGCUUCAAUUCUUUUGGAUUCGUCUCCUACCAUUGAUAGUGAAAAGAAUGCAGUCCCAAAUGCAAAUUCUGCUAGAGGAUUUGAAGUGAUUGACCAAAUUAAGUCUGAGGUUGAUAAAGCUUGUGGCCGCCCUGUGGUUUCUUGUGCAGACAUCUUAGCUGUUGCAGCUCGCGAUUCUGUUGUUGCGCUAGGAGGGCCAACAUGGAGAGUACAGCUAGGGAGAAGAGACUCAACAGCUGCUUUCAAGGAUAUAGCAAACACUGAUCUCCCAUCACCAUUUUUAGACCUUCCUGGACUUAUUAAUGCCUUCAAGAAGCAAGGACUUAACGAGAAAGACCUUGUUGUGUUAUCUGGUGGCCAUACAUUAGGUUUUGCGCAGUGUGGUGCUUUUAGGGAUAGAAUCUAUAAUGAAACUAAUAUUGACCCAAAAUUUGCUCGAGUGCGAAGAUUGACUUGUCCAAGAACUGGAGGUAACACAAAUCUUGCACCUCUAGAUCCAACGCCUGCUCGCUUUGACGUUGCUUAUUUCACAAACUUGAAAAACCAGAAAGGGCUUCUUCAUUCUGAUCAACAGCUUUUUAGCGGUGGCUCAACUGAUAGUCUUGUUAAUACUUAUAGCUCAAAUGCAAAAGCUUUCUGGCAAGAUUUUGGUCAGUCUAUGAUAAAAAUGGGGAAUAUAGAACCACUGACUGGAAAUCAAGGCCAAGUUCGUUUGAAUUGUAGGAAAGUGAAUUGA